AACGAGCACACGAAAUGGAAUGUGAAAUUCCGGUAGACGCGAGCUCAGUCACGAAAUACACGAACACUGUUUCGAAUAAAAAAAGAGCCUUCAAAAGUGCUAGGAAGUACUUCAGGGAUUAUUGUGAGAAUUCGAGUAUCAUAGGAUUCAAGUAUUUGGGAGAAAGAAGAUCAAGAGGGGAGAGACUAUUAUGGUUUGUGAUAGUAGUAACAGCAAUAGCGCUAUCUGUCUACUACAUUUUAGAGAUCUACAACAAAUACGAAGAAAAUCCCUUCAUCGUCAACUUCGCCACGAGAGAAUCACCAAUUUCCGUCAUACCUUUUCCAGCUGUUACAAUAUGCCCAGUGGUGAAGGCGUCAAGAAAAAAUUUCAAUUUCACUGAAGCAGUUCACAAUAUCUUGGAUGAUAUAUCUAUCAGCGAAGAUAAAAUGAGGAAAACUCAAUAUAUGUCUUCGGUGUGUGCAAAUAACGGCGAUACUUACAGGCAGAAAUUACCGUUGGUUGAUACUUUCACAGAAGAUUUCUAUGACCAACUGGAUUCUAGUUCACUAUCGUGA